AUGACGACCGGCUCCAGUGUCUGCGCUGGAGUCUCUCCCCGUAGCGAAAUCCCCAGCAAUGACACCAUCCCGGAGACCCCGCAGGCCCCCAACAAGGCUCCAGCAACGGGAGUGCAGGCCGCGGGUAUGCGAGCCGUGGCUGCGAGAAUGGUUGCCUUUUACUUCCGAGCGCCGGUAAAAGCCUUCUUCAGGGGCAGAAUCGAUUAUAUGAGUUAUGCCAGGGCUAUUAACCCUCAUAUCAUGGCGGAUGCAAAAUGGUCAUGGAGAAUGACUACCCCCGCAGUGUUGGCGCAUGCUAUACGAACAGAGGGAUGGGGGUUUAUACCGAAGCAGGUUCUACCGCCGUUGAUGGCGAAUACAUGUAUCGGAGCCGUCUUAUAUACUGCCUAUCUCCACAGUCUCUCCGCCCUCCACGAACCCUCCUCCUACCAAACCAAGCGCGUCUACCCGCCACCACCCCCCUCUGUAACAUUCACCGCAGGCCUCAUAGGCGGCGGCAUCCAAUCCGUCAUCGCCGCCCCUUUUGACGCCCUACAAACCCGUUUCCGCACCGCCGAUAUCCUUCAAGGCAAGCACAAAACCAUGUGGCACUACGCGGGCUACAAGCUCCGCUCCAUCGGCAUGCAAGGCAUCUUCGCCGGGUGGACGCUAUCCUUUUUCAAAGACGCCCUCGGCGCCGCCGUCUUCUUCGGCACUUUCGAAACCGUAAAAUCCCAAGCCUACCUCGAAUACGUCACGCGCUACUACGGCAGUCGCACGCGGGAUACUCUGCUUGAAAAGUCGAUUCCGUAUUUACAAGAAGAAUACGACGACCGCCCUGUUAUACGCCCGCAUUACAUGCUCGAGCCCAUGUUUUUGUUGCUUGCGGGUGUCUCGGCGUCUAUUACCUCGCAGCUGAUACAACACCCCUUGACGGAAAUCCAAGAUGUACAUUAUCGUCGUCUUGAAGCGUUGGAUUAUCAGGCUCAUCUUGAUAAUAAACCUUCGCAUAUCGUUAAACGGUACUAUCAUGCCUACGAGGAGACGUUUGUACAGUGCAAGCAGCUUGCGAAGCGAGCGGGGGGCUGGCGCAAGUAUCUGUAUCGCGACUUUUUUAUGAGCACGAUUAAACAGGUGCCUAGUACUGCGGCGGGACUUAUUGUGUUUGAAAUUGUGAGACGGAAGUAUUCUUUUGAGAAUGAGGAGGUUAUGAUUAAUCAUGCCGAUGCACGGAUUUUGUUGACAUGA